GUUUUAAAGCUGGAGGGCUCCUUCCCUGGGCGGGGGCUGAUGGCGCAGCUAUCACAGAUGAAACUGGGACGAAACCCAGUAGAUCCCUUCUCGGAGCCGCUGCUACAUGCGGCAGGUGGCGGAGCACCCGCACCAGCCGGUGCCACGGGAGGAGGAAAUGCCGGGCACCCUGUUCGGAAGGUAAAGAACAAUCAGGUCCUGGACCAAGCGGACGAGGGCGAAGUGCCGGAGCUGACUCAGGUCACGAUCGACGAGCACUUCAAAAUUUUGCAGCGAGUCAAAGGAGGCCCGGUUCGCCCAGAAGCAGAGCCUUCUCCGGACCAAAUCUCCGCUAUGCGGGUUAGAGUCCUGGAACUAGGGUUGGCACCCUACGCCGACUUCGGCAUUUUUGUCAAUUAUCAAGGACGCUUCUCCAGAACUCUCAAGUUCCUCAACCACGUGCUCCAGCCGGACGGUACCUUUCGGGCUGUGGAGGUAGCUGGACCGCCAAACUAUGACUCAUGGCUGUCGUCAUGGCGGGUGUACGAGAACACGCUGCUGAUGUUGGAGCACACGGUGGCACCCGGCACUACCGAAGCGGUCGUCACAGUCGCCGCUUUGGAAGAAUAUAAAGACGCCUUCCGGGAUCUGACCGUGCACUACCCGGAAUCCUGGCAUCUGCUGGUCACGGCAGAAGACCGCUGCCGCGCGGAACAUUUCGUCCGACUGAAAAGGGACCUACAAGGUGGUACCCCCUAG